CACUUUUGGUUCUGUUUCCUUUCCAAGAACCAUCGUGUUGGAUGUUGGUUUAGUCCUUUGUAGGAAAUAAAAUAGUAUCUCACAGAUAGCCCACAUGUAAUACCCGUUUGGGGUGGAACUGUGUGGUUUCUAUUCGCCCAGGAGGAGAGCAAACAAAGUUGGAUUACCUCAGAGCCCCUAGCUUUUGAGUGAAAUUUCAGCAGCUGCUAUACAAUCAUGAUUCCACCUGGAGACUGUCUGUAUGCAGGGAGGAAGAGGAGGAAACCCAUUCAAAAACAAAAACCAACAGCAGCGAACCAGAAGUCCAACCCGUCCAAAAGACAUCGGGAUCGACUGAAUGCAGAGCUGGACCGGCUGGCCAGCCUGCUGCCGUUCACUCCGGACGUCAUCUCCAAGCUGGACAAGCUUUCAGUGCUGCGUCUCAGUGUCAGCUACCUCCGCGUCAAGAGCUUCUUCCAAGCUAUUCAGGAGAAACCAAGCAGAGCACACAGCACUGAGGCCUCCAGUCCUGAGCCCAGGAAGUGCAGCCUCGGAAACGGCAUUCUGGAAAGUGAUCUUCUGCUUGAGUCUUUGACAGGGUUUGCGCUGGUUGUGAGUACAGACGGAGUCAUAUUCUACACAUCCUCUACCAUCGUAGACUACCUGGGCUUCCAUCAGACGGAUGUGCUGCACCAGAACGUCUUUGAUUAUAUUCAUGUGGACGAGAGGCAGGAGUUUAGAAGACAGCUCCACUGGGCCAUGAAUCCCACCCAGCAGGACCACCACGCUGCAACAGCAACUGGUGAGGACUUUAUGGUGGGCAGUCUGUUCAGCGCUCAGGAGCCGGAUGGCGUUCCUCCUGAACUCUCUCCUUUCCUCGCUCGCUGCUUCAUCGUUCGAGUUCGCUGUCUGCUGGACAGCACGUCUGGCUUCCUGAGCAUGCAGUUCCAGGGCAGUCUGAAGUUCCUGCAGGGUCAGAAGCGGAAGAGUGAGUCUGGUGCUCUGCUACCCCCUCAGCUGGCACUGUUCUGCAUGGCCAUACCGCUCGUUCUACCCUCAAUCACUGAGCUCAAGAUGAAGAACAUGAUGAUAAAGAGCAAGCAGAAAGGCUCCAACAGCAGUGAGAAGAGGCACCGUAUUUCACAUGGCCAGUGUGAUGCCGGGGACAUGCUGCUGCUCAAUUGGACAACCACAUCUACCAGAGACCCCUGCCAGAGCAGUUCAUGUGUGACCCUCGCCAAAGACAGUGUCCAGUACAGGAGCGAAAACUACUACGGCCAGGAUGAGCCCCUCAACUUCUGCCUGUCCUCCGCGGGGGUCUCUAGAGUGCACGCUACAGAAAGUCCAUGGGACGCACGCAUGGGGCCUACUGGCUACUUUUCCAGCAAGUUAAGCAAGCACGCGCAAUCUGGAAAAUUCCGCAGCUCUCCAGGCUCCCCGACUGUGGGGUCACAGGGCAAACUUUAUGGACAUGGUGAAAAGGAUGGUUACUGUGGGCAUGGGAAGAAUGAGAGCAGGUACACAGCACAUAACGACUGUUAUAGUGGAUUGUUAUUACCUGAGACUGCUAUUAAAACAGAGCAAGACUCUGAUUCAGAAAGCGGCUGCAGUAGGUACACCACCAUGUCCCAUAACGGGGUUUGGCGCUACAGCAUGGCCUUCAAUGAGGGACACCAGGUGAAAUCAGAAGGAGAAUACUAUAACCACUAUAGCCCAUGCCAAAGUGGCAGACCAAACCUCAAUGGCCACCACAAGCAUCUCUAUGCAGGCCCAAGCAAGGCUCUAAAGUCCGUCAUCAGCAAAGACGUCCCUCAUUCUGAUCUUCUCUGUAACCAAGGAAACUGUAUUGAUGUCCACACAUAUGCCAACGGCUCUAUAGAACCCAAAGCCUUCAUGCAGCCGGAUUACAAACUGAGCUACGAGUUCAGGAGUCACAGCCUUCUCCAUUCCAUCAAAAGAGAGCCCAUGGACUCUCCACCUUGGACCAACGGCAGCCAUGAUCUUAUUCAAGCACAUUCAGAAAGAAAUGGGGAAAAUGGUGCCAUGAAUGCAGUAGUGCACAAAGCCAAUCCAUAUUUGUAUAUGCAAUGA